GAGAGUCUAUAAUUUUAAUGAGAAAUCUGGUUUGAAUUAUUCGGUUUUUGUGCCCUAAUCUCUACUGUAUUUGAGAUGUUACAAGCAGAAUGCAUGAUAGUAGCAGCCAGAGAAACACAGGGAAGGCCAUGCCAUGGUGCACAAUGGUGUAUUGUGACACACCAACUUUUGAAUACAUGGCAUUUAUAACUUAUAACCAUCCUUUCUUUAACGUACUGAAAUACUUCAAUGUCUUGGACUAUGGUGCUGUUGCCGAUGGAAAGUCGGAGAAUAGUCCGGCAUUCUUGAAGGCAUGGGAGGAUGCAUGUAGAUACCCAGGAAAGAGUAGGGUUUUGAUACCAAAAGGGACAUUCAAGAUCUGGUCAACCACGUUUUCGGGACCGUGCAAUGGGUCAAUUUCGUUUGUAAUCAAAGGAGUUGUUAAGGCUCCAGUAAAUCCAGGAGAGUUCAUGAACAUGGAUACAUGGCUAGGGUUCCGAUAUCUGGAUAGGUUGUCGGUGAACGGCGGUGGGUAUUUGGACGGCCAAGGCCAGGCUGCUUGGCCCCAUAAUGACUGCUCCACCAAUCCCAAUUGCUCUCCUCUUCCAGUUUCAUUGAGGUUUGAUUUUGUGAACAAUGCAAAAAUAAAUCAUUUGAGGUCAAUAAACAGCAAGAACACACAUUUCAACUUGUUCGCGUGCAACAACGUAAACAUCAGCCGCGUGAGGCUAACCGCCCCCGGCGACAGCCCCAACACCGACGGAAUCCGCAUCGGAGCUUCCACCAACGUCAAGAUCACCACUUCCCUCAUCCAAACCGGCGACGACUGCGUCGCCAUGGUCACCGGCGCCAAGAACAUCGUCGUCAGCAACGUCACCUGCGGCCCCGGCCACGGCAUCAGCAUCGGCAGCCUCGGAAAAUCCCGAGGAGAGUUUGUCUCCGACGUUAAAGUCAUCAACUGCACUUUCAUCGGCACGCAAAACGGUGCGAGGAUCAAAACCUGGGCCGCCGGUUCCAUGCCUAGUACGGUUUCCAAUGUGUUCUUUGGUUACAUUAAUAUGCAGCAUGUCAACAACCCUAUCCUCAUUGAUCAAACCUACUGCCCCGGCCUUCCUUUUUGCAGCGAUUUAGGGAAACAUUCGUCACUAGUUCAGAUAAAGGACGUGACGUUUUACAACAUCUGGGGGACGUCGUCUUCAAAGGUGGCGGUAGCCUUGAAAUGUAGUGCAAAGGAGCCAUGUCAGAACAUCAUCCUCAACAACAUCUACUUGAGUUACGAUGGCCGAGGAGGGCCGGCGAUUUCGGAAUGUUCGAAUAUAAAUGGCAGAUCCUAUGGGAGACAGUACCCUCACAGUUGUUUGUAGGUUUCAUUUUUUGAGUUGACUGUCGUUAUUAUUAUUUAUUAGUAGAUCCAAACUAUAUACACUUAUAAUAAUAUUUUGCAAUGUUGUACGUUUUGUAUGGACGAGGACGACAUGAUAAGAAUUAUUUUAAUAUAUUACAUCAUUUGUCCUA